UCUUUUCCUGCCUUUUUCCUGAGAAUUUGAGCUCGCGCUCUGCUCUUCCACAUUCCCACUUCUCCCUCUCACUCUUCCAGGUACACGCCCUUUGACUUGUCAGGGGGAAAAGUUUUAAGGGAAAGAAAAAAAACUAAAUCACGGAAGAGGUUCUGCUGUCCUACUAGUUUGGCAAGUUCUCUGGGCUCAAAGCAGCGUAGAAAGGCGGAGAAGAGCGCAGAAACUGAAAUUUGCGCACAUUUGUUCAUUCUCCUGUCCCGCAGACCGUAAACGAGGAGUCAUGGAGGGUGCCAUUCAAACGCUGGUGAAGGUCUACCUGAAGUCAUCCAAGGGAAAAGAGAAUCUAGGAAAGAAGGAAUUCCAGAACCUUGUCAAAGGCCAGCUCUCCAACAUCCUCUCGGACACAGACAGUAAGGAAGCUAUCAACAACAUGGGCCAGGGACUGGAUGCCAACCAAGACGGCAAGGUCGGAUUUGAGGAGUACAUGAAGCUGAUUGGCUACCUGGCAGUCUCACUUAGCGACCAGCGCACUAAAGAAGAACCCGCCCAAAAUGCUGCCUCGGGACAAGUGGCGCAAUGCACCCAGGACAAAGAGGAGAAGCCGGAGGCGAACGCAGAGCCAAAGGAGGAAGCUAAACCAGAGGCAAAUGAAGAGCCAAAGGCAGAGGCGACUGCUGAAAUAAAGGUAGAAGCAAAUGCAGACGGAAACAUAGAAGUAAAAGUAGAAGCAAAGCCAGAGGUGGAGAUUGAGCCAGAGGCACCGAAGGAGGAGAGCCCAGCGGCGGCGGUGGUGGCAGCAACAGCAGUGGCAACAGCAGUAGAGGCGGCGGCGACAGCGGUGGAAGAUCCUGUGAAAGAAGAGGAGAAAGCAGGGGAAACAGAAAAAGUGGAGGAUGCUGCUGAGAAGGUGGUGGCAGCUGUGGGAGAGGAAGUGGAGAAGAAGAUAGAUGAGGCAACCUCAUAGGGGACAAUCAAUUUCAUAACCAAAAAUCAUACCACAUACUUACACAUAACACUACACAGAACACAGCAUUAAUGCCAAGAGAGAAUGAAAGCCACUAAAGAUUUUUUUUUCCAAAUAGAAACAAGUUUUGAUAAAAGCUCAAACACUACAGAAGAAACCCAGUACGUUUUAUUUGAUGAAAAAUAAUGUAACAUGUACAUGAAAGUAGAAUUAUUGCUUUGUACUACCACUAUGUUCAUAUGUACAGCAUGUCCAUCCCACUAUAUAGCACAUUUACCUCAUUAUGAUAAUAUACUAUGAUAGCAUGCAGACGUACAAUAUAUGCAUGCCAUGUCCCUGUGAAAUCUUUACAGCAGAAUAUGGUUUACCUGCAGCACACUGACGCAUAUGGUAUCACACCACUGCAGCCAAAAUGUUUUAUGUAAAUCCCAUCCUUUCCCAACUUUUUUUGUUUUUUUUUUUAUCUGGGUUUCUUUUCAACUCUGCUAAAAAAAAUGGCUUUAAACAUUUAUUUGGCAUUUUGGGAGAAUAAUUUUCUUGCUGAAUGUUUGAUAAGACUAAACAAAACUCACAAUACGGUAACAUGAAGUUACUGCUAGCAGCUGGUUAGCUAAAUGUAGCAUAAAGACUAAGCCAGGCAGUCUAGCUCUAUCUGGAGAUAUAAAACGUGUUUUCAAGCACCUCUGCUUGAAUAAAAUGUCAGAAAGUCUUCUUAAAUAUUUAUAUAGUUAGCUUUGGAUGCUAGCUUUCCUCCCACAUUUCUGUUGUAUGCUAAUCAGCAUCUUAUUUCCACAGCUAAGUAAAGUAACUGCUGGCAAUAGCUUAGCACAGUUUAAGUAACAAGCUAGCCUGGCUUCCCCCCAUCUCACAAAAACAUCUACAAGCCCCUACAAAGUUGCAAAGUAACUUUUAUAUCUCCUUUAUCAAACAAGAUUAAACCCUUAAAUUAUAUUAAACAGCUAGCUUGAGUGGCAAAGUAGCAUUGCCUUUUUUUCCCCCCAUUUUAGCCUCCUAAUCCACAAUUUAGCUAGCUCAAUUCCCACCUCACAGGUUCUUGUUUUCACUCAACAGCUAGUAAAAGUUUUAGAGGUGAGCGAGCUCUUCACCCUGUUUCAAGCAUUUGUGGCUAUGCUAGCUGUAGCUCAUUUUCUACAGACAACCAUUAAGAUAGUUUGCUGCCUGUAAGUUGUAAGAUUAGUUAAAUAUAUAGAACAGAAAGAGCUCUCACAAGCUAGCAUAAAACAUUCACUAACCCCUCUGUAAUGUUUAAUCUUGUUAAUGGGGGUCAGGACCCCUCAAGGGGCCACAAGACACUGAAAAGGGGUCACCAGAUGCCUUCCAAAAACAAAUAAUAUUUUUGAAUUAUUUCAGGUAUAAAUAUCUUACCAAAUUAAAAAAAAAAUGCAUCAGUUAGUUAAAUGUAAAAUUAAAACAUGGCUAUUUGGUUAAAUGUAUACUGAAAUCAGAGUUCUGUUUAAAAAAAUCCUUAAAAUGUGAGUCUUUACAUGACUGUUGAAUGUAUACUCAACCGCUUUCAGGUACAGUGAGGUCCCCAGUCUCUGUAACCUUUAUUUUAGGGGUUUGUCGGUUGAAAAAUUUGGAAAUCACUGAUUUAGUUUACCAAAAGAGAACAUGUAAACAAGAUUAAACUACUCAGAGAAGCCAUAUUAAAGAAUCUUCAUGGGUAGUUAGCCAUUCCUUUUCUUUCUAGUGUUUAUGCCAGCCUAUGCUUACGCUUGUUCACUUCUUAGCUAUUUUCUACUCCCAAGUAGGUGAGCAAUAGUCUAUCCAUUUUGCCAUUAAAUGGCAAUGAAACUAGUUUAGCGUCAAGCUAGCUUCAUCCCCAGUUUUAAGCAUUUACUAAUCACUGCUGGUGUACCUUAAUUUCUACCGCACAAGUCUUCUCAUCCAACACUCUGCAAGAAAAGUGGCUGAUACAUUUCCCAGAAGCUCAUACUAUUUCACAAGGGCUGCAUGAAUAACACCAUUUUUUUUUUUUUUUUUUACAUUCUCAUCCUUGAAUUCACAGUGCUAUGGAGCUGAUUUGGCAUGACAAUAAACACGUUGUUUUGCUGAAGCUUUGCAUUACUUUAGCUCAUCUUCAUUGUGUACUCAGCAUCCCAUCACACCCUCUUCUCUCUCUCCUUCUAAUCCAUUUUAUGGGCUCUCUCCUCUUUUUUCCUGUAUUUCCCAGAUAAUUCACUUCAUGUGGAGCCUUAUUCUCAGCACUUGUUGUCAACCAGGGAUUAGGAUCUUGAAGAUCAGGUGUGGCCCUUAUCUAAAUAAUUAAUUUUGAAGAAUGGAAUCCACACCGAAGGACCCCUACAGUCAAAAGGGGACUUAAAAUAGUCUCAUGGGAGUGGGCUGGUGACUAGAGGAGCAGGUCAGAGAAGGUUUUCAUGCAACCUAAUCCACCUGGAUAACCAGAACACGACAACAAACACAAAGAUGUUAAGUAACCUGGUAACCCUUUUAUAAUUCAAGUCAUUUGAAAGCGGUUGUAUGCACUCUGCGGUGCGUUUUAUUUGCAGUAUUUCAGACUAAAUAACAUUUUAGAUGGUCCGUUUGUGCUUUGAUGGUGCUUGAUGGUACAUUAUCUUGAGUAACUUGGAGUGGCAGAAACUUAAUGAUCAUUUUGGGAGCUCUUAUCAAAUGUUCUCAUUGUUUCUUGCUGCUGGUUUUACUUGUUCAAGGUUGUGUGUUUGUUUAUCAGUCACACCCUUAUUUUGCUUAAAGACCCUGUUUGACCUGCAACUGGAUCCUUUAGCCCCAGUCAUUGGGAAACAACUGGAUUAGGCACUGGAUGGGUAACACACCCUGGGAGACAAACAAUUACAUGAAAGUAAUCCUGGGCUCGAGUGAUCCUGCCCAUCAGACAAGGUGGUAGUAUCAGAGAGAUUGUCGUGCUUUAAUUUUAGCAACAAAAAAAAAAGAAUACUGAGCCAUCAAUAUGAAUCUAUACGGUGUGAUUUUUAUUAUUAUUAUUAUUUUUUACAAAAGGCGUAUACAUAAAAGGUUGCAUGCUAUCAGAAAUUUAUUUUCUAGUAUUACCAUUGUAUUGCAAUUAUUGAGACCAGUAUUUAAGUUGAAAAUGGUCUCCUUAUAUUUAAUUUUUUUAACUAACUCUUUCUUGUUUGGACCACUAUGGAGAUCACUUGAACAUGCACGUCUUUGUCACAUUAUAUGCAAUUUGUUAAUUACAAUUUAAUGAUUUGUAAAUUGUCUCGGCAUCAAUAAUGCAGCCAUGAGAAAAAGGCUCAUGUUGCAGCCCCUGCUAGGUCUACCUGGCCAGCCUGCUUGGUGCUUAAGGCGACUACAAUGUUGUGGGCACGCUACCAAAUGUGCACCUUAUUCACUGUAAAAGCACCUGGCACUUCAGACUGCUCAGCAGUAAAACGGGCAAGACAAAUAAACCUGUCACGUGGUCCUUCUGUCUCACUGCGACACUCCCAUUGCAAAUACUCUCUCAUUUACACUCUGCUCUGCUUUCAUUGCACUCAUGCUUCUUUACUAACCCACAUACUUGGGCCUUUUUAAUCUGUAUUAUAGCUGCCAUUAUAGAGAAACAUAUAUCCUUAUUAUGUCAGACAUUUUCUAACCAUGGUACUUCCUGUGAAUAAUGAAAAACAUAUCACUCUCUUGCACCAUCUACAGCCAGAUUUCUGUUCAACACAGGCCUCAGGCGCUUACAUCUUGUAUAUACUGGCAGGCUAUAUUAAUUAUUUGCUAUUCCCCAUAGACCGGGUGUGUUUCAUGCAUCUUUGUGCUCUUUCUCCUCUCGCAACCCAUCAUUAUAAGCACAAGAUUGUAAAAAGAAACUGGACAAAGCUUAAUUUACUUAACAGACAGUUUGCCUGCACUCCUACCAGACUGAGAGUGAGCAAACCCGUGUUAAACAUUGUCUGGAAUUUAUUAUAUCUCAGCUUAUGUUUUCUUCUAAGCUUUCUGGAAUAGCAGAUGUAAAGUAUGAGGAGUUUUUUUUUCAAUAGGUUGAACUGUCUGCACAGUUUUGUAACGGUUCCAAAGUGUAAACCCCACCCAACUUUAACCCCGCGUAGAUUAAAAACAUGCUGGAACGAAAUACAGCAGAUUUGCAGCAGGGAGUGUUAGCAGCCUCACAAUAACUCUCAUUUAUUCAGUCCAUGAAGAUAAAAGCCUGUGUUAAUAAAUUCUCUUCAUAUUGUACAUACAAGCGUAUGUUUAAAGGCUUAAAAUGUUUUGUGAUUCCCAGGAUGCCAUGCGGGCGUUCAUUAUGUGUGGAUGUUCUCUUGUUUAUUUCCCGCCAUGUACUACAGUAGAGGGUGUGUUUGUGUGUUUAACCGUGAGGCCCAUUCCUGUCUCCCAUGAAAACCAUAAACUCCACUAUGCUUGGAUUUCAACAUAUGUUAAGCUGUAUCAUUUGUGCUUAUUCUAACAUGUUUAAAGGCUAAUAAUGAAUAAAACUGUGACAUUUACA